AUGCACGCUCAUCAUGCCAGGUGGACCAUCGCUACAGGAUUCGAAGACGUCAUUUUGGAUGUCCCCAUGGUUGAUGGAGCGCACAAUUUAAUCAAGAAGGCGCUGGCAUGCUUGGCGUCGCGAACCAAAUUCUUCCCAACAAGGAGCCCUCCGACAUGUUGUCCGAAUGACGGCAUCGCCGUGCGCAGCAUGCUUGAGCAAGGAUUUCUCUUCAAUGUGAUCGCCCGCGUGUUGUCCGACGUCUGCGUGGUCCCCGCGGCAGAAGCAGAAGCACAGGCGAUUGCGACGUUGUCGUUGGAACGGCACGCAAUCGCAAGUUGCGCCCACUCUUUGUCGGGCCAGCGGGGGUCUAGCAAAGAGGCGGCGGACGCCCAGUUAUUCUACAGAAAGUUCCGGCAGACUGCAUCGAAUUGGAGUGAAUUCGGGAUGGAUUGCGCGAGCGCGUUUCCUAUCGGCCAGUUGGGCAGUCCUACUUGUUCAAUCAAUUCAGUAGGUGCGCACCUGACGCCUGCAGAGCUUCUGGGCAGUUUGCAGUCGCUAUCGCUGAACCGCGUUGGUUCUGAUGCACUAACAGAUCCCAGACUUCGCUCGCAUCGUGAUCUGGUCAAAAACACUAGUAGUCCUGGUGCGUUCGUGGUUGCCAAGGGUCAGCAAGGCUACCGAGCUGCACGGCCUCGUCACGUUGUUUUUACUCCUGCAACGAAUGUGAGAAUAUCGCCGAUCAAGUUUGACAAGUAUUCUGCCCCUCAUGCGACCCGCCUUGCAGAUUGUGAUCACCCGCUCAUGGCUUGCACUUUGUUGGAUACGUUGAAUUCUUUGUCGGGCAAGAGGAGCAUGACCCGCAGUCAGUGCAGUCAUUUGUUCUUGCAUAUGCGUAUCGGAAACGCACGGUCAGGCAGUUUUCCAGCCAAAGAACCAGCGGUCGAACGCGCCUGUUCUAUCAAGAAGGCCCUUCGAACACGUGAUCUACGCAGCCUUGCACCACGGCAGCGCAAUGAUCUGGUAGAGGUCUCCAAGCCGUUUGCCAUCGUUCAUGGCGCAACCGCGCGUGCUAGCAGCGUCAGUCAAUUUUUGCGUCACCGCCGUCCACAAUCUUCAACUCCCCACACGCAUUUUUUUGAGGGCGCUGCGUAUGACAAAGUUGCUCAUUUGCGCCUCCGAGAGAACCAAACGUGCACAUCGAGCUGUGCAUUGAUGGACAGGACCGCCCUCCUCACAGUUGAUCAGGUCGGCUUGCACGCGCUGGCAACUUGCGUGUUGGAUUCAGGACUAAUUUCUGACACAUGUUUGAUUGGCCAUUCGAUGGGGGGUUGGGUCCUGCAGCGAGCAUCCUCUCUGCUGCAAAUGUCCUGCGAAUGUGUACGAGGAGGGUUCUUCUUGGAUAGUCGCUUGCAGUAUCCUCGUUUGAUUUCCGACGAUGACGUCGGAUUUACCCUUCGAAAAAAAUUGGACUUGCAGUUCCCUAGGCAUGCAGGAGCCUGCUGGCUGCUUGGUUGUCAAUCUACAGGAUGCUUCAGGAUAGCCACGCCUCAUACGGAGCUGCACACUUCGGAGCACUUCUUCAAUGCAGCUCAUGCGACUUCUGCUGAUAUGAUUUCGCAUUUGGCAUUACUUACCGAACUUCCGAAUACGAAAUGCUUUGGCUCUGCCAGUCAUAGCUGGGUUGUGAUACAAUGUUUUGUUGAUGCUUCUUUGGCGAUUCGACCGUACACGAGAGCAUAG